AUGGCUACUGAAGAGCCGGUACCGAAGUCCGAGGUGGAUAAUGAGUCGGAUAAGACUGAUUCCGACGUGGAAAGUCUAGUCGAUGUUGGGGAGGAACUUACGAAAGCUGCCGACCAACUGAAUUAUGUGGAGACGUUGGAGAUCGGGGAGAACGCUGAGCUGAACAAAGCCUUGGUGGACUCGUUUCAUUGCUAUUACACCGAUGUUAUCAAUGAAUUCGCUGAUGUUGAGAUCUUCCUCAUCUCGUUGGACUCGUUGUUAUGUGAAUUCACUGCCCAUAAGUACAAUAACUGGGUGUUGGGGGGCCAGACAAUCGUCCUUUCGCAUCAGGUAAGGUCGUUUGUUUCAUUUUUUUAAAUUUAGAUAUGAAGGAUCUAAUGAAUCUUACAACAAAAAAAAAGUCUUUGAUGUAAUAAUGUUAGCGAUUCUAUAGGUUCGGUCAUUUUUCGAACGUCUCAACGACCUCAAUGCAAAAUACAAGUUAGUUUGGUUCACAGAUCUGGAGCACAAAUAUGCCUCGGAUUCGGUUCUUAAUUUCAUCUACAAUUAUCUGAUCGCCUUUUUGGACAGCAGUGAAUAUGCCCAGCACAUUGAGAGAUUCUCUAGCCCUGUGGAUCCCGAAUGGGAUGCUUUUUUGAAGCGUCUGACCCCUUCUUUCUUGUUGAUGUCCAUUGAGAAUCCAAGUCUUGAAGUGGUUAGAGAUGAAAUCAAUUUUGUUCCUGAAUUUGCCUCGAUUGGUAAGUAAUGAAGCCAUUAUGUAACGGCAAACAUUGGAAAUGUAAAUAUGAAUAAUUAAUGAUUUUCAGCCGUCCAGCUCAUCACUGUGGGUAUUCCGGUUAUAUAUUUUGAAGCCUUCGCCAUCAAUUUCUCAUCAGUAUUAGCCUAUCGAAUCAAGGUCUCGCCCGUUGUUGUCUUUAACUUUGAAGAGAGAUUAACCAAUAUGUGGAACAAGACCGCUGGUGUGUUUUAUGUUCAUUUUUUGUUAUUAUUUUUUAGAAAAGAGAAUCCACUCUCUCAGUGCCGGUGAAUGCAAGAAUGCUGUUGAUUUCUUAACGUUGGUGCUCAAAAAGGAACUCCAGAAGGAAAGAAAUCCAGAGUUUGAGAAGUUCUGUUUGUCCGUUCUUCUGGCCGCUUUUAUUGGACAAACGGUUGGAUACAAGAGGUAUCUGCCGAAUACAGAAGCUCCAAAAGUCAGCGAUAUUGUUGUUACUCAAUGCAGAAGAAGGAUAUAUGCCGCGUUGACGGAGGCAUUGAAGACCCUGGAUGUCAAGGUAAACAUUUUUAUUUUUGGAUUUUGCCGUUUUAGGUAUAUAAAAGAAGAAGUGUAAUAAUUGCCUGUAUUUUAAUUUUAGACGGUGAAAUUUGUCCUUGACGAUAUUUGGGAUGGCCGUCUUAUACUUUUCAUCUUUGCCAGCGCUAUCAACAACAAGCCGAUUCUCCCUUACCGACUUCAACUCGAGUUUGCCAAAGCCCACGAGAAAGUUGGGUUCAAGGAAGCUCUGGCGACAGAUGAAAAUGACACCCUUCUUAUUCCACCAGAGGAUGAUGUAGAGGGCCCUCUUUCGAUAAAUGGAUGUGGAAUUUAUUCGGUGAAAAACGAGUUUGUUGACGCUAUUUUUGAUGAUAAAGAAGUCCUCAAGAAGUUUGACUAUAAACCAGAAGAACAGACCGACUUUGAGAGCAUCUUCAGAUCGGCCUUCAAAUGGCGAUUCUUGCCAGUGGAAGAUAGAUUACUUCAAUUGGAACCCAAGGUCCAACUAACCGCUUUCGAGAUCAAAAAGUUGAAUAGGAGUAGACAAAGACAAUCAAAAUGGUAAGACUUUUGUUAUGAUUUAAAAAUUUUGAUGGAUAUUAUAUUGAUAUUCAUGCGUUGUUUGCAGGCUCCAAGCGUUCUCCGACUCUUUGGAAGGCCGCGGAAACGAUCUACUGGUCGAUUUCUCCAGAGUCCCAAGAUUACCGGUGUUGGAAGAAGAGGAGAAAAAGAAUGGAGAAGAUGAUAAGAAAGGAAAGAAGGGAGCCGGAGGAAAGGGAAAGAACGAAAAGAAGGGCGCUAAGACUCCAAAAUUGUCUAAGAAGGAUCAGAUCCUCGAAGCUAACAAAUUAGUCAUGAUCAAAAAGCAGGUGGAGAGCGACAAGGUCAAGAUUCAAUACGCCACUAAGGUCAAGACUAAUGUAAGUGGAAGGUUUUUAUUGUUGAUUUGUUUUUUAGGCCAUCCAAGCUCUGGAAAAUGUAAAGAGAAAGCUACAAUUGGACGAAUCGAAAGCCAUCUGUGCAUUCGAAUUGGUCCUCAGAUAUGCUGACGUUUUCUACGCCAAGGCCAACAAAUGCCAGACGAUAGAGGAGAAACGUCAAGCGGCGGUUGAAUUGGUCGGACAGAUCAAGGAAUGCUUUGUAACUCAUUGGAAUUUCCUCGAUCAAACCCAACAAGGGAAGAUUGAAGACAUUUGGAUUCAAUUGGGAUUCUACAAGCACCCCAAAAAGAAGGCCAGCAGAGAGUAUGAUCUGGAUAUUGAUGUGAUUUACUAUCAAUUGUAUCAUGGAGGUCGGCUGAUUGAUGUUUUGACUGAUUCUCAGCACGAUGAAAGAGUUGUUGGCUUCAAGCCCGAUGCCUGGCAACGGCGAAUGUUGAAUGUGGUCGAUAAAAGUGAGUGGCGUUUUGAUUAUAUGUGAUGUUUAGGAUUAUUUGAAUGGCAGUUUUGAUCUUGUUAUUUGUAGACGAGUCCGCUCUGAUUGUCGCUCCCACUUCGGCUGGUAAGACCUUCGUCUCCUACUACUGUAUCGAGAAGGUCCUCCGUCAAAGCAACGAGGACGUUGUUGUCUACGUAUCCCCCUCCAAGGCCUUGACCAAUCAGGUUUGUGGAUCCGUCUACGCCAGAUUCAGAAACAAACCCCUUCAUGGAAAUACCGUACUCUUUGGUACAAUCCUCAACGAAUACAGUGAGAACGCCCUCAACUGCCAAGUCCUCAUCACGAUUCCGCAAUGUCUCGAAGAGAUGCUUUUGUCUCCAGACCCACAAAUUCAGCAGUUUGUCGCCAGAAUCAAGUAUGUAAUUCUUGAUGAAGUCCAUUGUAUUAACACCGCUGGACAAGGCCAUAUUUGGGAGCACAUCUUCCUCUUGAUUAAUGCCCCAUUCCUGGCACUUUCUGCUACUAUCUCCAAUGUUGAUGUAUUCCAUAAAUGGCUUCAAGGAGCCGAGAACUCGAAGGCCGUCAAAGGAGAAGCUCCAAGGAAUGUGAAUUUGAUUGUGUACAAAGAGAGAUGGUCUGAAUUGGAAUUGGCCAUUCAGAAAAUGGAGGAUUGCCCGGACGAUAUUGACUUUACCAGAGAUGUGGAGCUCUUCAAUAAGGGAUUCUCCCUCGCUGAUAUGAAUAAGAAGGAUGAUUCGGCUAAUGGAAGUUUGGUUGAUCUGAACAAGUCCAUCAAAUCCGUCCUCAAGUACUUCAUGCCAUACAGUGUCUACAAACCGGAGAAAAUCAGAAUGUUCUCAAUACCAGAUGAUCAACAGUUGACUGCUAGACAGAUUGUCGAGUUGUAUGUUAUCAUGGCUGAGGUUGAUGGCAAGGUCAAGUAAGUUUCUUUUGUUUGUGCUGAAUUUUAGGUAUGAAAUGAUGUUUUAUUUUAUUUUUUAAUUUUAGAGCCGAAUUUGAGCCCUCAAAAUUCUUUGGCUACAAAUCGGGCUCCUUGGAAUGCGUCUGGCUGAACCGAACCCAGCUCAGAAACUUUGAAACCCAACUAAAGCAGCGGUUCUUGGACUGGCUCCACAAUGACCAGGAAAAGAUUGAGAAGGUCUUCAGCAAGCUGGAAUCGGAUGUGAAAGAAGAAUUUGACAAGAGAAUGAAACCUUUCAACAUGUUCAGAGCUGCCCUCCAUAAUGUGGUACCAUUAUUGGAUCAGCUGAAAACUGAUGAUAUGCUUCCAUCAAUCUGCUUUAAUGACAAUCGUGAGUUCUGUGAGCAAUUGGCAAUCCACUCGUUCAAUGAAUUGGAAGUCCGGGAAAUGAGGUAUAUGAAUACGGCCGAGUUCAAGAAGAAGUUCAACUUUAAGGCUGAAGAUGUAAGUUGCAUUAUUUUGUAAUUUGGAGGGGAUUAUUAAUGUCUAUACUCAUUGAUUUAAGAGAAUGGCCAAACUCGCGAAGAGAAAGAGAGAUGUGAAAGACGAAGACAAAAAGAAGGGAGGACCGCCAGAAGACGAGCCUCCAGAGUCCAUGGAAGAAUCGGAUGUGUUCGCUCUGCAGAGAAUCAAGCUGAAGGAGCUCCUGGCUCAAUUCAAAUUCCAAGGCCGAGUUUCUGAUGAGGAAUUGUAUGAUAAGACCGUGGAAAGACUCAAUCAGAAGUCUGGGAAUCGCCCAUCCACCAAGACUCUUCUGAAACUCUUUGAAAGAGGCAUCGCUUUCCAUCAUGAAGGUCUGAACGCGCAGGAAAGAGGAGCUGUGGAAAUCUUGUUCCGUGCUGGAUUUGUGGGCAUCUUGUUCUCCACAUCCACCCUCGCCUUGGGUAUGAAUAUGCCUUGUAAGACGGUUGUCUUUGGCAUUGACACCCCUCAACUCUCCCCCCUCCAGUUCCGUCAGAUGAGUGGUCGUGCUGGUCGUCGUGGUUAUGAUGCAGCUGGAACUGUCAUCUUCAUGGCCCUCCCAACCAGCAAGAUCCGCCGAUUGCUGACAGCCUCUUUGGCGACCUUGAGAGGAAAUGUCCCGUAUACAACAUCAUUCCUCCUCAGAUUGUUUGCCUAUGUGAAUGGAGUCAAGGAAGAGUUCACGACCAGGGAUGAGAUUUUGGUUGCCUUUAAGAACAAGACUGUAUCGGAGAAGGUGGCUACGACCUUAUUGGAGAAGCUGAAGCUCAAGGAAGCCAACAAAAAGAAGGGAAUCCAAGAAGAUGAGACUGUCCAGAAACAAGGAAGGAUACAAGCAGCUUUGACCUUGCUGAAGAACUCGUUUGCGUUGUACACGAGACAUGAAAAGAAGGCUGGAGUCCUGAAAGAAGUCCUUCAAGGCCUCACUUUCUUCAAUAUCCAACUGUUGAGAAGACUUCAACUCAUCAAUGAUGAAGGAGAAACCACUGGAUUUGCUAACAUUGCCGUCCAUCUUGGAGUCCAUGAACCAGGAAACUUGUUGUUUGUUUAUUUACUGCAAGUUGGAGCUUUCCACGCUCUUCACAAAACGUUGCAUGAGAAUGAAACCGUCUACAAACAGACUGUGGUCAAUAUUCUGGCUCAUCUUUUCACCAACAGAAGACUUCCAGUUGGAUAUGAGCCUAAUGGAGAUUCAUCGAUUGCGCUCCCCAAAAUGCCCGAGAAGUUUGAGGAAUUUGUGAACAAGUACAACAAGGACACAGAGAAGUUGUUGCUGGCUUCUCUCCAGGCUUUCUUCCCCUCGAAACUUGAUGUAAGUUUUGGAUAUUGUUUGGUGGUGUAAAAGAUUUUUUUUUCAAAAAAUGGAGUUUAUUGAUGAUUCCUGUUUCCAGAACGAAUACUUCCGUCUGAGUGGAAAGACCUCCAACCUUUCUCUAUCCGAAUCCUAUGUGGUCUCCGUUUUUGAUGAUGAUCUUUGUUUGGACCCGGCUUUCAUUCCAACUGUGGUUGAAUUGAAGGAUCACAGAGGCCGCCCAAUCCUAAGGAACUCUUAUGCAUAUGAUUUCUACCUGAAUGGAUCAAAGAAUACCUUGAUUACCGAGAAUAAACUUGACAUUGGGGAGAUUUGGUAUGUCAUCGACGACUUCAACGUAAGUUUUUGAAUUUUUUUUUUUUUGAAAUUGUUCUUCUCAAUUGUUUUCUUUGUAAUGUGAUUACGAGUUUUUGUUGCAGAAGAUGUUGAAAUCCCUUCGCGAAGUCCUGGCCUACAGCGCCCGUGUGAACGACCCGGUCCUCCUGUCCAUCACCCAGAUCUCCGAGGAAUAUGAAAGGAAGUUCAGACACGCGUUCGGUAUGAAAACCUUCACUUAA